UCGAGGUGGAGAGGGCCGAGUUUUUUUCAGCCUGAGGCGGUGGGAGGACGUAAAGCCGAAGCACACGGUCACCUCCAUGCUGCCUCACUCUCCUCCAAACCCUGACGGCAUCAUGGGACAGGACCCCCUCUCUCCAAAAUCCACCUCCAUAAUAACUCCUGCCAUUAAUUAAGACCAGAGGCCUGCUCUUUUCCCUCCCUCUCUCCCUCUCUCCCUCCCUCUCUCUCUCUCUCUCUCUGCCUGGAGAAAAGGCCGAUGAGGACAUUUUGGAAAGAGUUAACAGAUGUCGGCUGAUUGGCCCGGGGGCCUUUCGAGACAUCGCCCGAGUGAUGUAUUUGAUGUGGAGUUUAUUCGGCUCCAAUAAACGUAUAAAGAAUUAGAAUAAUAAUUUGCAGCUGUACGCGGAGAGGAUUACAGGCCAGAGCUCUCUUUGAAGCCAAGAAGCACAAACACGGGAGCGGAGAACAGAAAGGCGAGGCUUUGUGCGCCGAGCUGCGGGUCAGCGAGGAGGCCACGGCGGGUCGAGGAACCUGUGCGCGCGUGUGUUAAUAUCUUCGUUCACGGGCUGUCGGGGGACGUUUUAUAAAGUGUGCGUGGGGGAGACAAGUGAGCGCUUCGUGAGUGUAAAUCAGAGAGGCGUUUAACGGUGUGCGUUCCACGCGAAGGAGGAGCCGAGCUACAGAAACGCCGCCGUGGGUAUGACGGACCGGUUUCAUUUACAGAGCCCGGGUGUUUUUUUGGGGGGGGGGGGGCGUAUAGGGGGGAAUGUUGGGAACUGGAAAGACAAAGAAGUAAGGAUGGAAGUAAGUCGCACUUAUUCUGAGCGCUGUGAUAAAUGGAGGAAUUACAUUCAAAACAAACAACCUCAAUUCACUCCCACGAUAAAGAGCAACAAAUCUCCAAAACGGCCGCUCGCUGCACGCCUUAAUACCCGCACAGAAAACAGAAAACAGCGUGCGAGAGAGAGAGAGAGAGAGAGAGAGAGAGAGAGAGCUCCAUGGCGAUGCAUAGCAACGGCGCACAAUCUCAGUCAAGGAGAAAGAAGGCGAAGGGGGGGCAUAAAAAAAAAAAAAAACAAAAAAAAACACCUUAUUACUUCUAACUCCUGCAAGCCAUUUUGGUCUCCAAAGGUUUCGCAGUGCCUCGGGCGCUGUGUCUGCAGUGUUUCGGGAAAUGACUUGCCUUCGCACGAACACUGCCAUGUUCUGCAGUGCCGCUGCCCCCCAGCAGCCCCGCUCAAUUUCUCUUUAACCCUUUCCUGCCUUUCGCGCCUGAGAAUCACCGCCUCUGAGCUCUCUCUCUCUCUCGCUCUCUCUCUCUCUCUUCACCUUAGUCUGUCACAUUGUUUAGCCUCAAACAGACACCGCUUUCCGCCCCGUUCUCCGUCUGAGCCCCGGAGUUGUAGCGUCAGUCGUCUCGGUCUCCGUCGCCGUCUCGACCGGCUACUGGAGCACAAGUACGCCCCUCGUCUGACGGUGAAGCGGGCGGCCGGCGGGCUCCUUAUUCCGGAUGAAAAUGUGGGCAGAUGUGCAAAGCGGGCGACAACAGGCUCUGCCGUGACACAAACAGCGGCUCUGUCCCCUCCAGCCAAUCAGGUGAUGAAGAGCAGAGAGAACGAGGAACGAGCACCAUUACACUCGGAGAGCGUGAACGCGGAAGAGGCCCGUCCUGCUCGCGAAGAACGUUUGAUAAAAGCGCGAUUUCGGCGUGAAAUUCAUACUGAAAUCAGUGCGAGUGUGUUUACAGCAGAGGGAGACUGUGUGUGUGUGUGUGUGUGUGUGUGUGUGUGUGUGUAGUUAACUGAGCCAUAUGGAGAAGAUGUGAGUGUGGCUAAGUGUGUGGACAAGAUGAGUGUGCACAUGGACUGCGUGUGUGUGUGGGUAUGUAUGUGUGUGUGUGUGUGUGUGUGUGUGUGGGGAUAUGCUGUGGCAAAAUAUUCCAAAACCCCAAUUCCAAAAAAGUUGGGACGCCAUGAAAGACGUAAAUAAAACCAGAAUGAACGGCAAAUCUCAUAAACCUGUAUGUUAUUCACGACACAACACGGAAAACACAUCGAACGUUUAAACCGAUUAAAUGCACCAUUUUAAGAAAAAUAAAGGUCGUUUUGAAUUCGACGGCCGCGACACGUCUCGAAAAAGUCGGGACGGGGGCGACGAGAGGCUGGAAAUGUAAGUGCUAAUAAAAAGGAAACAGCUGGAGGGAAAGGAAAAAAAAAAAAAGAUUCAAAUCUAUAACAAACCUGUAAGGGCAAAUCUGCUGGAGCUCGCGUGGAAGUGAGACUACUUCGUUCAGACCGAGUCAAAGUCACUGCUUAUACAAACGCACCCUGCGAGAAGAAGUUCUGAUAUCCUACCACGUAGCAGCAUAUUUUACCAAAGGAAUACAACAUAACUAUUAAGUGCUCAGCGGUCGCUUUCUGUUCUGCAGACUUGACCGACCGGUUAAACAGUACACACGCUUAUGGAGAUUUUUAAUUACGUAGCUUUUAAUUAAACGAGGUAUUUUGAUCUGUACGGAUUAAAUUGGACUGAAUUUCUUGCCAGAUGUUUUCUCCUGCUGAUGUGUUUCAUAAUACGCCGCAUAUUCCCAGAGACCCGUGUGCGGUGUAACGGCGCUCACACAAAUCUGACACACAGGCAACAGCCUUGGCAAUAAAUCAAAAUGCAAUAUACUGUAUGUAUGCUUUGUCACACAUUGUCAUCCGGACUGCACUGUGGAACACACAAUCUGUAGGAAUCGUAUUGUAGCUGCGGAUUACGGUACAUACAGUACUCAUUUUCUUGCAGUAAAACCGCACGUGCUAUUGGACAUGCAGUGUCCAGCUUUAUGAGAUUCCACAUGGAGCUAUGUAAAAGGGUCAUGUUUAUAUUUCAGGGUUGGCCCGAAUCAUUCGAAUAUCCAUUUAUUAUUUUCUGUCUUCAUCUUUACCUUAUUUUACAUUAUAUAUAUAUAUAUAUACACAUGUAAGCAAUGAAAUUAUGAUUUCCCUGUGCUACGUAGUGUGCAAUAUGUGCACAUUGCAAAAUAGUUUGCGUUCAGCGGAAUGUGCUGUCCAGGAAGAGUCACGUGACCUAAAUCAUGUGCUACUUUAUAACGACUUUAUAACUAAAAAUACAAAAGAAGUGUAUUUUUGCAAUAGAUUUUACAUCGAAUUAAACGUAUAACUACUUGGGCGGGGGGAAAAAAAAUGAAACACUUAAACAGAAAACUCAAGGGUCUAAUGUUUGGGGACUGAAGUCGGACAUCGAGUUGAGAUGAGGGAUUGUUCUUUAAAUCCCAUUCGCACACGGUCCUGAAGGAAAUUCUGGCCAGUCCCGUUGGUUUCUUCGUCCAGUGAGACGGCAUGAGAGUAAAAGAGUAAUAAAAACCACCUGCCUAUGUGCUCUAGGUGGAAAACUACAACCGGUAUUUUUUCAUCCAUCCAUCCAUUUUCCAUAGUCCGUCGAACCUUAUAAUUCCAUUCCAUCCUAAUUUAAUUAAUAUAAAUAUAUUCACACACUACGGGCAAUUUAUAAACGCCAGUCAUUCUGCAUGUCUUUGGACUUGGGGAGGAAACCAGAGUACCCUGAGGAAACCCCCAAAACACAUGCCGAACAUGUGCACACAGGGUGGAAGUGGGAUUCGAACCAACCCUGGAGGUGCGACGCUAACGUGCUAACCACUAACCACCCUUUAUUUUUCAUUUUUAACCUUCAUUUUACUUCUGGCGUUGUUGCGCUGCUACUGAAACGCCUACGACUCUUACCCUGUAGGCUAGUUCUCAAGCUUCCUGGAGGUAAACCACUGACAGUUGUACGUCUGUAGGUUUUUAUUCGAACCACAGCUUAUACAGUACAGUACACCGCUGGAUUCUGCAUCGUGCAUGAUUAUUUGUUUACACAUCCCCAUGUUCUUGACUUUCUCUUUAUUAAAAAAAAAUCGGUGCAUAAAGAACACCGAAGGAACAGUACUACUAAACGCAAGGCUACGAUGAACGCUAGCCGAAACAGUGCUAAUAGCGGCCUCUAUUAUAGCAUUCCCUUCAUCCGAGCGCGACUGAAAGAUUCGAUUCAUAUUAACCGAGAGAUAUUAGGAACUAUAGGUUGUGAGAGAAGAAACUGAAGGAAACCCAACCCAAGAAACUGACCCAGCUGUUCAAUAUGUUACACUUAGUUCAUUUACUAUAAAACGGAUUUUUUUUUACUAUAAAAAAAGCCCUAAUUUGAAUUCUUGCUUGGUGUAGUCGUCAGAACGGCCAUCGCUCGCGCUGACACACCACAAAGUACUCCGUGUGCCUAUUUCUUCAAAAGCAACAAACAAUGUGACAAAUUACAAAUAACGAGGUCGAUAUAGCAGUGUGUGUGUUAUUUUUCCCUCCAAAUGGAAAACAACUAGGCUUGUUGGUCCACAGUACAUGAGCAGAUCCACUGGGAGCUGCACAGCAUUUUAAUUGGCCAUAUAUAUAUAUAUAUAUAUAAAAAUAAAAAAAAACACAAUGGGAAAAACUAAAAGCAGAAAACCUGCAAGUCAGCGUUUCUCGUGUGAACAUAUAUGCACAU